ACCGAUAAAAAAUCUAAUUCCAUCACAAAUCGAGUCAAGAAAAUAAAUGAGAGUUCAAUGCACCUGCGCACACCUGUAUCGUUUCCUCUCUGAUUAAAGAUCGUAAUCGUCUUUCAGUCUAUCUAUACAUCUAAAACUUAUGUUAAAGAUGAUUGAAUUCGCUUUUUAUCUCCUUAUCCACAAAUGUAAAACAUAAUCUCGUCAAACAUUUAAAUUGUCGUCUAUUUCAUUAAACAAUAUUAAGUCUAAUCGCCCGUUUACUGUAAGAGUAAUAACAACACAAGAAUUACUAGGCAAAGAAGUCAAAUUGUUAAAUAAAUAUUUGCCAUUUUUACGAAGCUACGAUCUUCUCGUCUUGGAAGAUAAAGAUAUGAUUGCUUAACCGAAAAUUCUGAGGUUUUAAUUGGGAAACAAGUCUACGUUUGUACGGAUGUACAUUUGAUCAUUCGCGUUUUAUUACGGAACAAAUAUUCAGAACUAUGGGCGAUUCGAUCCACCUUCAAUGGGACAACCUAAACUACACCGUAAAGAGGAAGAUCUUCAAUUGGCGAAGGUUUAAAAACGACGAAAAUGAGAUAAAAAUUUUAGUCGAUGCGAAUGGAAUUGUGAAAUCGGGUCAAUUGGUUGCUAUAUUAGGAUCAAGUGGAAGUGGAAAGACUACUCUAUUGGCAGCAAUAUCACAAAGGAUACGCGGCAACGUAACCGGACGAAUUUCAAUUAAUAAUCGACAAAUAUCCCGAAACGAAAUGAUCCAGAGGUCGUCGUUUGUGCCUCAAUUUGAUAUUGCCGUUGAUUCGUUAACCGUUAGAGAACACUUGUUUUUCAUGUGUGAACUUAGAAUGGACCGGAGAGUCUCGCGGUUUCGGAAGAACGACAGAAUCAACGAUAUUUUAUGGAAAUUGGGGCUGAUGAAAGUCGCUGAUUGUCGAAUUUCAACCUUGUCUGGUGGAGAACGUAAAACAUUGAACUUGGCCACUGAGCUACUCACAGAUCCACAAAUUGUUUUCUGUGAUGAGAUAACCACAGGACUGGACAGUUACAACGCAUUGAAUGUUAUCAGAUCAUUGCAAUUAUUAGCCAACAGUGGAAACAAACAAUCUUCACCAGCCAUUUCCACCUAUACAACCGAAUGUGAUCAAAAGUACCUUUUGGAUGGCGUUGAAAUGAGUAUCGUCGAUCCUGGCCAGUUGGUGUCCAACAAAGCGAUUAUCUGCUCGAUUCAUCAACCGACGUCCGAGGUGUUUGAAUGUUUCACCCAUGUCAUUUUAAUGCAGUCGGGUCGGGUCUGUUUUCAAGGCACUGUGGACGAAGCGCAGUCUUUCUUCGGGAGGAAUGGAUUCCAAUGUCCUUUGAUGUGCAAUCCAGCUGAGUUCUUCGUGAACGUUAUGUCGAAAAACACAAUUCAAAGUGAUGGUGGCAAACUAGACAAGAAGUGGUUUCCUAGUGUCUUAUCGGAUAAUAGGUCGAAUGUAUUGGGGGAAAAUGGGACCGAAUUUAAACGGGUUCGGUGGAUCUAUCAAGUGUUUAUUUUGCUCAAGAGAAAGUUGAUAGAGGCAAAAAGAACGGUUAAAGACCAUUUCAUUCAUUCACUGACAUACCUUAUAACCGCUGUAUCAAUAAGCCUCCUCUUCUCGGGCGUACAAUCGACCAAACCGCAAUCGGUCCAAGACAUUAACGGUUUUAUAUUCACAAUAGCUGCCGAAAUCAUAUUCGGAACGAGCUACGGCAUCCUCUAUUACUACCCAUCAACUUUACCCAUCCUCCGCCGAGAAACCGGAGAGAAUAUAUACGAUUUGUCCGCAAUUUAUGUGGCUAAACUACUCGGAUGCUUACCGAAAUCGUUCGUCGACGCUUACGUCUUCCUACUGAUCAUCUAUUUCAAUGUGACCUUCAUCGCCGAUAUGUGGCAGUUCGUUCAAAUUGGAUUCACUUUGUUCGUAACGGCCAUUACGGCCAUUGGAUAUGGAUUAAUGAUCAGUGGAGUGUUUGAAACAGUUCGGCUAUCGUCGGAAUUGGCGCCACCUAUAGAUCUGUUCAUGAUCCUCAUAUGUGGUUUUUACAUAAAAUUGAAAUUGCUGCGGUUUCUGCAGUACGGAUCGUUGUUCUUCUAUUCGAUCGAAGCGCUCUCCAUACAGAUAUGGAAU